AUGUUUUUAAAACACCCCCCUUCCUCGCUUGACCCAACUUCAGUUUUUCAUACGGGCAUUUCAACACUUCCCCCGCCGCCUUCUCUAUUGGCUUCCGCUGAUCAACUUUAUGGCCUCCAAAACGGCCCAAAUGGAGUAUUUGGCAACUUGACUUCUUUCGACCCUCUGCCUUCCUCCAACAACCUUUUGUCUGUAUCAAAUACAAAUACAGAAACAUCCAAUACCCCAGCAACUCUCUUAAAUUUGGAACAAUGUUCGUCUUCCAACGGGAAUCAAUUUACAAUUAGACAACCAGAACAACAACAACAAUUACUUUUUGUUGGUACUCCAAAUGGUCAGAUAAUUGAAGAGAAAUUAAAUACAAAUUCUGUUUUAACUUCAACAACAAUCCCAACAACUCUUUCCCUAAUUUCUCCACCUCCCAUUGUCGGCACAAUUUCUUCAAAGCCAUCUAUGGGGAAAAAGCACAAAACAAAGAAAAAUCUUCAAAAUUCUAAUAUUUUAUUAUCUCGUCCAAGUACUUCUUUGGGGGGAGGGGGAGGAGGAGGGAUGUUAUCUUCAACAACACCUUUCCAUCCAAAAUUAGGAAGUGAAAGUCCUUUUAAAGAAAAAUUAAAACAAAGAGAUACUUCUUCAUCAAAUGGGCGAAAGUCUCGUUCACGUAGUUUAUUAAAAGAUUCAGAUGAUGAUAAAUCAGCAGAGGAAAGAGAAGUAGAACGUCGAAAUGCUAAUAAUACAAGGGAAAGAAUUCGAGUAAGAGAUAUAAAUGCGGCAUUUAAGUUGUUGAAAGCUGUUGAGCUUAUUCCAAUGUUGGAGAAAAUGGUUGAUGAAAAAACACGAAUGAUGGAUCCUCGUGGAGAUUGUGUUAAACGAAGGAUGGAAACAACAACAACAAUUCCUGAUUCUACUUCCUCUUCUUCCCUUUUAUUAAAUCCUUCCUCUAAUGGAAUUUUGAAUUCUAAUUUAUUUAAUACUUGUGGAGCUUCAUCUGAUUUAUCUUCCUUAGCUUCCUCCUCUAAUAUUUUAAAUCAACAACAUUUUUUAAAUUGA